GCCGUCACCGCGCCCCGACCAUGUCCGCCGCCGGCGUGGCUCCCGUCCGCUUCGCCUUCGUGCUCCUCCUCGCCCUCUGCAGCCGGGCCGUCGGCCAGGACUGCGGCGGCCAGUGCCAGUGCCCCGCCGCGCCGCGCUGCCCGGCCGGCGUGAGCCUCGUGCCGGACGGCUGCGGCUGCUGCCGCGUCUGCGCCAAGCAGCUGGGCGAGCUGUGCACCGAGCGCGACCCCUGCGACCCGCACAAGGGCCUCUUCUGCGACUUCGGCUCCCCAGCCAACCGCAAGAUCGGCGUGUGCACCGCCAAGGAUGGUGCGCCCUGCGUCUUCGGCGGGACGGUGUACCGCAGCGGAGAGUCCUUCCAGAGCAGCUGCAAAUACCAGUGCACCUGCCUGGACGGGGCGGUGGGCUGCGUGCCCCUGUGCAGCAUGGACGUUCGCCUGCCCAGCCCUGACUGCCCCUCCCCGAGGAGGGUCAAACUGCCCGGGAAAUGCUGCGAGGAGUGGGUGUGUGACGAGCCGAAGGACCAAACCGUGGUCGGCCCCGCCCUGGCCGCUUACCGACUGGAAGACACGUUUGGCCCAGACCCGACUAUGAUCCGAGCCAACUGCCUGGUCCAGACCACAGAGUGGAGCGCCUGUUCCAAGACCUGUGGGAUGGGCAUCUCCACCCGGGUUACCAAUGACAACGCCUUCUGCAGGCUAGAGAAGCAGAGCCGCCUCUGCAUGGUCAGGCCUUGCGAAGCUGACCUGGAAGAGAACAUUAAGAAGGGCAAAAAGUGCAUCCGUACCCCCAAAAUCUCCAAGCCUGUCAAGUUCGAGCUUUCUGGCUGCACCAGCGUGAAGACAUACCGGGCUAAAUUCUGCGGAGUGUGCACCGAUGGCCGGUGCUGCACCCCUCACAGAACCACCACCCUGCCUGUGGAGUUCAAGUGUCCUGACGGUGAGGUCAUGAAAAAGAGCAUGAUGUUCAUCAAGACCUGUGCCUGCCAUUACAAUUGUCCCGGAGACAAUGACAUCUUUGAGUCACUGUACUACAGGAAGAUGUAUGGAGACAUGGCGUGAAGCCAAAGAGUGAGAGACAUUAACUCAUUAGACUGGAACUUGAACUGAGUCACAUCUCAUUUUUAUGUAAAGAUGAUUUCAGUAGCACAAGUUAUUUAAAUCUGUUUUUCUAACUGGGGGAAAAAAUUCCCACCCAAUUCAGAACAUUGUGCCAUGUCAAACAAAUAGCCUAUCAACCCCAGACACUGGUUUGAAGAAAGUUAAGACUUGACUGUGGGACUACAUUAGCACACUGUGCCAGAAUGUAUACUAAAGUGUGGCUUUAAGAGCAGUGGGAGGGCACUAGUAGAAAGGAUGGUACCAUCGCAUGUCAUCUUAAAGUAGCUAUAUGCCUGCUAUUUGGAAUGUAAUUGAGAAGGAAAAUUUUAGCAUGCUCGCUGACCUGCCCGUAGCUCCAGCGACAGCUAAGAUGUGCCAUUCUCCAGCCAUCAUGAGGCUGAGUCAAGUUGUUCUUUAAGUCAGAACAGCAGAUUCAGCUCUGACAUUCUGAUUCAAAUGACAGUGGUCAGGAAUCAGAAUCCUGUCUAUUAGACUGGACAGCUUGUGGCAAGUUAAUUUGCCUGUAACAAGCCAGAUUUUUUUAUUGAUAUUGUAAAUACUGUGUAUGUGUGUGUGUGUAUAUAUAUAUAUAUAUAUUUGUACAGUUAUCUAAGUUAAUUUAAAGUUGUACCUUUUUGUUUUUGUUUUUAAUGCUUUGAUAUUUCAAUGUUAGCCUCAAGUUCUGAACACCAUAGGUAGGAUGUAAAACUUGUCUGAUAAUUCAAAGCAUGAAAUGGAUACAUAAAUGGAAAUUCUGCUCAGUUAGAGUGACAGUCCAUCAAAACAGAUUGUUUACUAAAGGUGAGGCAGCAAUGUCCUUGGAAGUCUGAAUUCUAGGUAGGAAAUGUGGUAGCCUCACUUUUAAUAAACAAAUGGUCUUUAAAAAAAACAUGAGUGACUCUAUAUAGCUGAUCAGUUUUUUCACCUGGAAGCAGCAUUUGUUUCUACUUUGACUAUGACUGUUUUCUGGACAGUUUAUUUGUUGAGAGUGUGACCAAAAGUUACAUGUUUGCACCUUUCUAGUUGAAAAUAAAGUAUAUAUUUUUUCUAUAAA